AAAUCACAGCCCAACCGCAUCAAUGUCACGGUCGUAUUCGGCCUUUUUCUACGGCACGCUCAUGCACCCCGCGAUCCUGCGGCGAGUCAUCGGGCACGAGGGCAGCCAACUCACAAGUUGCCCCGCGGUCCUGCUCGAACACACGCGCCACAAAAUUCAAAAUGCGGACUACCCCGCUGUGAUCCCAUACAGCAAGAGCCGCUCGCUUUUCCUCGACUCCGGGCGCGGCGAGCUCUCGCCCGAAGAGCGCACCGUCCGGGGAACGUUCGUGCAGGGGCUCAACGACAGCGACGUCGCCCUCCUGGACCUCUUCGAGGGUAACGAAUACACGCGCGACAUCGUUGGAGUCCACCCGCUCGGGCCCCUCACGCCCCUCUCGGCCACAACGGGCCCUACCUCCGCGCCUGCGGACGCCGCCACGGAUGAAUAUGUGGUCCCGCGCGUGGCGCCGGAGCUGCCGCCGCUGAACGCGCUGGGGCCGAGCGUGCCCGCGCACACGUACAUACACGCGGGCGCGCUGAGCGAAUUGAGCCCCGAGCUGUGGUCGUACGCGGACUUCGUGCGCGAGAGCGCGUGGAAGUGGGUUGGGGCGGAUCCCGUGAAUGAGGAGUACUACGCCGAGGUCGACAAGCGGAAGGCUUUGGAUGGGCAGACGCUCCGGACGGCGAUCGUCGACGUCCCUACGGAGGGGGCGGACGCCAAGGGGGACGGGAGGACGGUCGUGGCCGUGGUUGGUGGGGCCGUGUGAGUAGACUUGCGCGCGAAAGAGCUAGACCGAAAUGGCACCCACAAUGACAAGAGUGCGACCGCUUGCGUAUUCGCCGG